CGACUCAAACCCUCCCUCCCUCCAGAAAUUGUAUUCGUGUGGCUUCGAGUUUUUUUACUGCCGGUUUCAACCCCAACAAAAAGCCACAACACAGAGAUCUAAGAAGUUGGACUCGGGCAAAAGGGAGGAAACUUCCACGUGGACCCUCACUAUCCUGUCAGCUGCCGGUCAUGGGGGACAUCAAGAAAGGGAAGAAGGCGUUUGUCCAGAAAUGUUCCCAGUGUCACUCAGUGGAAGAGGGGGGACGCCACAAAGUGGGACCCAACCUGUGGGGUUUGUUCGGGAGGAAGACGGGUCAGGCACCUGGCUUCUCCUACACAACGGCCAAUAUUGAGAAAGGUAUCAUAUGGGACGAGGAAACUCUGAAUGUCUACCUUGAAAACCCGAAGAAGUACAUCCCCGGUACCAAGAUGAUCUUCUCUGGGCUCAGGAAGAAAAGGGACAGAAAGGAUAUUAUAGCUUAUUUAAAAGACUCCACCUCCUAAAAAUACUACAGAACAAUCAUGCAGCUGCAGACAGUGGCGUUACACUGUACCUUCACAGUGUAUUUGUUAUUUCUGGGACUACCUUUUGUUGCAUUACAACUUUGUUUCCACACUGUAUUUGUUCACAUGGAGACUGUUUUUAAUUAGCAUUCCUCCAGUCACUUCUCAGGCGGGGCUUCUUAAAGGGGCAGCCUUCCUUUUCUAAAAGCUGUCGUUUACACAAAAAAAAGUACUGCUUCUUGCACAGAAACUAUCUGGUUUCACACACUUUGCAUUUUCGCCACUUUAAAUCCUACUUCUUACCAUAACUGUAAUGGUAAUUGUUAUAGAGUUAUCUUUGUAUGUGUAUUGCUUGUUGGGUCUCUUUCUGUUUUUAAGUGUUUUUGUUUCUUGGGUCAAUUUUGAAAAAGUUUUAGUGUUGUGGUCACGAGCUAUAGCUGAGCCCAGCUGACUUUGGGCGAGAGGCGGGGUACACACCAAUCGCAAGUGAAUUGCAGGUCAGAUGAUCAUCUAUUUAACCUAUUAUGUCGCCCCAGGUUUGGUCCAGAUUCUGUCAUCCGGUCCAAAUAACUCAUGGAACUAUGGCACUUGGGCGUUCUACUCCUGUUUGACAGAUCUGGGCCACAAGUAAGCCAUGGCAAUACCGCAGAUCAACCAAAGGUGCCAAAGGUGGCCCCGAAUUUGUUUGUGCUAUUUAGGUCAUAUCCCCCACAUUGGCCACUUAAGGUUCAUAUCAUGACACCUUGCCAAGAGCACUGCAUGUUAUCCAGAAAUGUGCCCUAAGAAAGCCCAAAGUCCUGCAUCGUUGCCUUAAGCCACCCGGUGAAAACCCACGUCAACACUAAGAGAACAAUUAAAACAGAAUUUUAAAUAUAUCAAACUAAAAUUAGGUAAUGGGUAAAAAGCUUCCUAGUUGGGAAACUGCUGAGAUUUCACCAAGGCCUAAACUGUGGCUCCUGCAAUAGAUGUGUACUAUUUUACACAUAUGUGUUGAAAGUCCUAAGUGUGUAUGUUUAAGAUGUUGUAGAUUUCAAAGCAGAUGUCAGUGUCCUGCAGCUCAUGAACAUUUGUAUUGAUAACUUCAAUGAACGUUAAUGUGCUUUUGUAAUUUGUGAUAGGUUUUGGUUAUACUGAAUUUAAAUAAACAUUUAUAGUAAAUGCAAAAAAAAUUA